AUGAUGGCGACGGGAACCUACUAUUGGGGCCAGUCUGAUCCCGUCGUACCUGUCUCCGAUGGAGCAGGAGAGGUCAUCAGCGUCGGUAGCAAGGUCAGGCGAUUCAAACUAGGCGACGGUGUCAUCCCGACUUUCUAUCAAUGGUUCACUGCCGGCACUCUCAACUGGCAAAUCAUAGACUCGUCCCUUGGCGCAAAAGCAGACGGGGUGCUACGCGAAUAUGCUGUAUUCAACGAAGAAGGCCUCGUCCACAUGCCCUCUAACCUGUCCUACGAAGAAGCUGCAACGCUUCCCUGCGCCGGCCUCACAGCCUGGAACUGCCUUUAUGGUCCACGAUCACUGCGAGCCGGUGACACCGUCGUGACCCAGGGCACUGGCGGUGUUAGCAUGUUCGCUCUGCAAUUUGCGGUGGCUGCAGGCGCAGAGGUCAUUUCAACGACAAGCUCGAAGGACAAGGCCGAGCGUCUAACGCAGCUCGGCGCUCGUCAUGUUAUCAACUACAAGGAAGACGCAAACUGGGGCGAGACAGCAAAGAAACUGUCUGUGGGUCAGCAAGGAGCCAACUAUGUAAUUGAGAUAGGCGGACCGGCCACCAUUCAUCAGAGCUCUAAGGCUGCUGCGGUGGGAGGCGAGGUAACCAUCGUUGGCAGACGCAGUGUGGAGGCGGGCAGCAAGGAAGUCGCUGCUUGGAAUCCACAUGGCGUGGUUCAUGGGACAAGGCGCAUUACGGUGGGCAGUCGAGUCGAGUUCGAAGCAAUGAACAGGGCAAUCGAGGUGAAUAAGAUCCAGCCGGUCAUUGAUGAUAGGAUCUUUGCUUUUGAGGAGGCAAAGGAAGCUUUCCAAUACCUGUGGGACCAGAAGCAUAUUGGAAAGGUGAUCAUCAAGAUCAGAUGA